AUGUGUUGUGUUUGUAUAUCAUUUCGUUCUCUAGUGAGAGUCAUGUCCAUAUUUAUAGCAUAUACUUGUCUAUGUGUGACGACAAAUUCCUCAUGCUCCUACCGUCAGCCAUGUUGUUGUCCCGAUGACGUCUGCUUUACGUCAUACAACUUUGAAGAAGCACUGAUGACAAUCCAGUGUGUCAGGUGGCGGCUAUCAAAAGUUGUGUAUCCGCGGUUGACAGCUG